AUGCUCGAGCUACAGCUAACUUCCGGUGAAAGUGAAAGCUUUUUCCACCUCACCGUCACUGGGCAGCUGGAGUCAGCCUACUUCCCAAUGGGUCCGGACGGGAACGGACUGUUCUGCCGGUACGACAUCGUAGCCGGUCCGGAUUGGGAGCUCGUGUCCGGGUUGCGGUCUGCCGUCACGCAAAGUGCUCGAACCGAGACGGACUACCGGACGGUGGUGUUCAACAUGCCGAUCGAGUUCACGAUGAAAUCCACCAACCCGUACGGUUGGCCGCAGAUCGUCUUCAGCCUGUACGGUGCCAACGUGUGGAACGUGGAAACGAACCGAGGAUACGCACGGGUACACUGUCCGCUCAGUGGUGCCACCGGAAGUGGAGACUCAUCGGCCGAGCGGACCAUCCGUGCGCCACUGUUCAUCCCGAAGUACGCCAACAUGUGCGCAGCGGCAAUGAGCUGGAUAAGCGGCGUGAAUCCGGAAAUGCGUGACCCCAAGAUUCUGGCCGACGGUUCCAAACAUAAGGGCCUCUCGUGCGAGACGUACGGCGAGCUGGUGGUUCGAUUGCAGACCAUUUCACGAGGCAGCAACCAGAUGGCACUCGACUGGGGACAAGGAUCCGCGGACGAACGAUACUAG